AUGACAUUCAAGUUGAUUGAGCCGCACCCUUCGGUGCCCAAGUCCAACUACGUCCACUCUGGUCGCGGUGGCGCCGGCAAUAUUGUGCACAUUGAUGCAAAAGAAGCAACCGAUCCGCACUCGGCCUCGGGCCCUGCCUCGCGCAUCGCCCUGAGCCAGCCCGCCACCGGCUCCGUCUUUGCCUCUGGUCGCGGUGGCGCCGGCAACAUGCACCAGCAGACCGAGCGUGCUCUGUUCAGCUUCGACGAGGAACUCCAGCGCCAGCAGACCAUCUCCGAGCGCGCCGCUCCCGUCUACCACAUCGGCCGCGGCGGCGCGGGCAACACCGUCGACGAGAUGCGUCCCCGUGCCAGCCGCAGCAGCACCAGCUCUGCCGUCAGCAAUACCAGCUCCAAGCGCCGCGGAAGCAGCGGCAGUCGCAGAAGCAGCAGCGAUGGCGGCGUCUGGGCACGUCUCGGCCGGACAUUUUCUUCCGGAUAG